AGCGUCAUGUGACGUGAGGGCGGAAGCUGUCACAUAAACAGAAAACUGAUAGAAAGAGCCCAAACGUCUCCACUUUAACUUCUCAUUUUGCUAUUUAAAACCUCCGCAUUUAGCAUAUUAGUGCAUGGUGAGUCAUGUCUGCAAGCUAUACAAAGGACUCCAGUUUUUUGGGAGGCAGGAUACCACCAGAAAUCGACUCAUUGUCGAAAAACCUGAAGGAUGUGGACCAAGAGAUGUUCAGAAAACUACUGAAAGCUGUGGUUAGCGCCCUGGAGGGGAAGGACUGCAGAGAGGUGAUGAAGUCUAUAGCGGAGAGCAGCACCAUCCCCCAGGAGAGGCUCAGUCACGUCGUCGCUGGGAUUUACAGAGUGCUGUCCGAGGCCAUCCGCAUCCCCGCAUCGUCCCUUAAACAGGAGGCUUUCAGAGAAGAUCUCAAAGAACUAAGGAUACCUGAAGACUUUAUCACAGACUUUGCCAGCGUGGUUUUUGGCGACAGGCGUGCAGCUCUAGAUGCAGCAACUUCCCGGAAUGAUCCCCACCUCCCCACAUUAGAAGACUUUAAAUGGAGAGUGGAUGUUGCCAUUUCUACAAGCUCUUUAGCCAGGGCCCUGCAGCCUUCUGUUCUGAUGCAGAUGAAACUUUCAGAUGGGAGCUUUCACCGCUUUGAGGUGCCCGUGUCUAAAUUCCAGGAGCUCCGUUACAACGUGGCUCUGAUUCUCAAAGAGAUGAACGAUCUGGAGAAGAGGAACAUUCUCAAGAUCCAAGAUUGAUACACAACGCCGGCCUGUUAUUUAAUAAAGCUGUCCUCUCUGCUUGUUUUGUCAGAUUUAGUAGAGUUUUGUAAAUUGCAUUGAAUCCAUUUGUAAUCAUUUCAAAUGUAAUAUUUAUAAGAGAUAAUCUGCCUGUCAUGGUGUUAUGAUUUGAUGGUGAUGGUGUUGGCAUCCAACAUACUUAACCGCUGACAGCGAAAUGAUAACAACAGUUAGCCCCCUGGCUGCUUUACAGGAGUGCCUAAUAGCCAUAUUGAAGACAAAAAGACAAGGACUCCCAGCCUGUAUUUCCUUAUCUUGCCUUGUUGUAAACUCUGCAUAUUAGCAUUAUUACAGUGGCUGAUGGGAGAUUUGAGUCAGCUGUAAAGCCUCCAUUGUGCCAAAAUACAAAUGCAGUCAAGUGAGCACUCAGACCCUCUCUUACUGAGUACCUGGUCUCGUGUGCCGUUUGAGACUCUGUCCGCUCACUUCUGAAACAUGAGGAUGUGCAAAUGGGAAAAUGAACCAGGUGAUUUUUUUUUUCUCCCUCUACUCAUGUUUUUAUACAUGUAAUUCAAACCAGUGACAACACAAAAGAUGUACUUGAGUUGCAGCACUGUUGUAUA